AUGGAUGAUUUAUUUAAUGAAUCUCAUUUUUUGCGAUUUUCAUCCGGUGGAAGAACAAAUAUUUAUGGGUUAUCAGUAGUGGAAACUCCUUUGUCUGGUAAAAUACCUGCAAGUCCAGAUUUUCCAUCAGGUAUUUUACAGUCGAUGCCUAACGAUAAUAUUGAUGAUCAUCAUCAGCAUAUGCCUACAUCUUCUAAUGAUAUUAAAUACAAGCAUGUAUUUGCCAGUUCUUUUUACGGGAUCACAUGUUUUGUGUCCGCGGCUGGAUAUUGGAAUACUAUCGAGUUGCAAUUAGAUAAAGAUAUUGGUGAGAUUGUUUCAAUGGAUUCUUUUUACAGUGAUAAAAUAGGGCUAGUGUUGGCUUUUACUACUGUUCAUGUCCUAAAUAGUCCCAAAAAUACUACUGAAGUCGAAGGGCAACAUCAAUUUAUGCUUCGUAUCUAUUUUCUCAAUGAUCUAGGAUCGGUGUUGUGUAUGGAAGACGCGCUAUUUAAAUUAACUGAAAAAUGCCAAAAAAUUCAACUAACCUUUACACCGAUGCAAUUGACCCACACGAUAAUACGCAAGGCCUACAACAACAACAAUAAUAGCACAUCGGAGCUUUGUUUGCUUUUGUGUGGUACAGAUGGCGGAGUUCAUUUGUAUACAUUUAAUUUUAAAAAUCAAAAAUGGGAAGAAGAAGCUGUACAGCCUUACUUCCCAUUUCUUUCGGAGGUGGCUGAUUCGAAAUCAAACAUUUUGUCACUAGUAAUAUUUGAUUUCGGUAUAAAGAAAAUAAUCGCAGCAGGAUGUCAGAAUGGAAUUUUACAUUUAGCAAUCUUACAAAAAGACUCAAAUGUCAAUAACAGUGAAGGUGGAGAAAAAGAAGGAAAUUUUAUACAACUUGAAGAAUCACAAUUUGCCCCAUUAUUCAGUCCAAUCACCUCAAUCUCAAUAUUCACCACAUCAACAAGCAAACAAGACCCUGGCGAUGUUCACAUGCUAGUCACAUGUGCCGUAGAACAAGUAUUAAUCUAUCGGUUUGUUGACAGUCGAGGCAUAAAGUACCCGGUACAGCUGAAAGAAUGCACUCAAUAUGAUAGUGUGCUUUGUUCGCAUGUGAUGGAUGUCGAUUGGGAUGGAAGAAAUGAGAUUUUGGUGGGUACUUAUGGACGAGAAAUGUUAAUAUAUAAACAAGAAGAAAACGAUAACGACCCCACUUUUCAAUUAAUAUGGCGACGAUCAUUUGCUCAUCCCAUUUAUCGAAUUGAUCAUUUGGAUUUGAAUCAAGAUGGACUUGAAGAACUUGUUGUAACUUCUCAAUACGGAAUACACGUAUUUCAGCCAAAUUUGCAUAAAGCCAAAGAAUUACUGAAUCAGAUGUUUGAAGAAUUGGAUCACUUAAGAAUUGCUUAUAUCAACGCGAUAUCAACCGUGAAGAUACCGUCUUCUUCCUAUAAAAUAAAGCUUGCAGCGAUAAAACUUUCAUUCAUACCAGAAAAUUUACAUUUUCGUCCAUCGCACGCAACCACAUGUUUGCAUCGAGCAUUCCGAAACUUGAACAAUGCUCGAGUUUCCUUAUACAAGAGCAAUUCCAAUAGCCUCAAUAGACCUAUAAAACCUCAAAUUCGUUUUAACACAACGAUAACAACAGGCACCUGCUCUAAUUCAGAUCAAGAACCAAAUAAAGAUCCUAAAUGGCUCAACUUGUCUUUUUACACUUUUAAUCCUAUUGAAGAUGCACGUUUAGGUUCUCUCCAUCAAACAAUGUUAAAAAAUUUCAAAGAUCUUGGGAUUUUAGGUAGGAUCUAUAUCUCUACUGAGGGGAUCAAUGCUCAACUAUCAUGUCCCAGUGAAAAGAUUAACGCGUUAAGAAAGUAUUGUGACGAGGAAAUUCCAAAAUUCUUUGGAAAGGUUGAUGAGCGGAUAGAUGAUGGGAUCGGAGAAUUUAACUAUUCGACGGUACAUGGAGAUCGAGCAUCUUUUCUGAAAUUGAUUGUGCGGAUAAGGAAUCAGAUUGUCGUCGAUGGUCUUAAACCCGGGUCCUAUGAUAUUAAAAAACAACCAAAACAUUUGUCUGCGCAGGAAUGGCAUCAUGCACUCUCUAAUACUGAUAUAAAGCCUAUAGUAAUAGAUAUGCGGAAUCACUACGAAUCCGAGGUCGGUCAUUUUGAAGAUUCGAUACGUCCUGAUGUAGAUACUUUUCGUGAUAGCAUUAAAGCGAUGAAUGAGAUUUGCCAAGGGAAACAAGACGAAGAGAUUUUCAUGUACUGUACAGGUGGUAUACGCUGUUCUAAAGCUGGCGCAAUUCUACGCUCAAAUGGCUUCAAAUUCGUAAAUGUGCUAAAAGGUGGUGUAACAGCAUACGGAAGAUUUGUUGCCGCCAAUCCAUUCAUCAAAUCACUAUAUAAAGGACGAAACUUUACAUUCGAUAAGCGGCUCGGUGAACCAAUAACUGACGAUAUUGUGUCGCAGUGUCACACAUGUGAUUGUAAAAUAAGAACAAAGCAUACCUGUGGUAAUAGGACUUGUUUUGAGAUGGUUGACACUUGGGACAAGAUGUUGCAAGAGAAAAAUAGCAGUGAUGAGUCAUCUACAAUACUGAUACCAAAUAAUAGUUUUCCAACAACUGCGACUUCAACUUCUGUUAUCCCAGCUCAUGAUGAUGUAAAGCCAGGAAUUAGUUGUUGGUAUGAUCAUGCACAUCGUGUGCGUCCUAAAUUGGUAAUUGAACGGCUAGGAGAUCCAUUUUCUAGCGCAUUUGGUGGAAAGGCGCCAACACCAAGAUCUAGUCCUCUUGGUGAUCCGUUUGUUCGACCAAGGCAAUCGGUGUUUGAAGGUCAGCCUCAGCCACCACCCUCACAACAACCUCCUUCACAAGAAAGCAACAUUAAUGAUAGUAACAGUGCUCUUCCUAGUAGAUCUUCGUUACCAGAAAAUACACAGAGAACCAUUUAUCGAGUUCCAGAACGUAGUAAUAUGCAAAAACUUCAAUAUGGUGAAGGAUCAUCAUUGACGCCCGUCAACUUUCAAAAUAGUAAUCGAGAAAUUUAUAGAGGAAAUAAUCCUAACCAGACGUCGUUUCCUACAAGUAGCGACGGAUCCACCGGUCUUUCUACCCCUCGAUAUAAAAUAUGGACUCCAGAAGAAAAAGAUCUAUUGGUUGAGGCUGUAAAAAAAGAAGGUUCUGAUGAUAAAUGGGAUUUAAUAUCACAAAAUUAUUUCAAAUCUUCUAGAAGUCCUAGGGCUUGUAUGAUGGCAUGGGAUAGGUUUCUUCAAGGAAAGUUGAACCCUUCUGGACAACGACCCGAUAAUAGUAACUAUCCAAAUCCGGGGCAACGAAUUAACAUUAUGCCACCAAAUUCUGGUCCAAUGCCAUUGCGAUAUAGCAACGAUAUGCCGAAUUCUGCUAUACCGAGAUAUAACAAUACGACAAGACGUGUCUGGACUAAUGAAGAAAUCGACACACUGUUUAAAGGUGUAGAGAAAUAUGGAGAAAAUUUCGAAUUGAUUUCUUCUGAGAUGUUCCAUGGUUUAAGGACUGAAAACGCAUGUAGAAUAAAAUAUGAGAAUACAGUAGCAAAUCGGAAGACAGUAACAGCAAAUACAAGUGAGCCGUUGGAUAUACGCAUCGGUGAAUUACUCGACAAAGAAUGGUAUCAGAUAAACGAUACACUCGGAAAACAAGCCGAUAAAGUACAAAUUAUAUAUGAAACGCCUUCUUCACCUUCAAGCAACGCAUGGACAAAAGAAGAGAACGAUAUACUUUUUAAAUCAGUAAAGGAAUUCGGCGAUGAUUGGACCAAGACACUAGAACGGUUGCCGGGACGAACAUUAACAGCUGCAAAAAAUCGUUACGGUGAUAUAGUUUGGACAUUAGAAGAAAUCACCGCAUUCGAAGAAGCCUAUGCAAAAUACGGCGAAGAUUGGGCAAAAAUAGCUAAGGAAGUCCCCACAAAAACUUCUGGACAGUGUUGGUCAUACUGGCUUCGAUCUACUGGUAAAGAUUUAUUACCAAAAAAUAAGGAAUUGGAGGAUAAAUCAGGCAUUUUAGAGAGUCCUUAUCGAGCAUACAUAUCAAUUCAAUUUCUCGAAGAGCCGCCUCUGGAGAUGCAAUUUAUUCGACGCCAGAAAUGGGAAAUUUUUACUCGAGAAACAGAUACAAUCGUUUCUCCUAAAUUGAAUAAUCCAGCCGUAUCUAUCGAGGAGGAAGGAGAGUCCAAAGAAAAUGAUCAAAGCGUAAUAUAUGUAGGUCAAGAAAAUGUUGAUGAUAAAUCUAUAAAUGAAAAUCAGACACAUACUGAAUCGGAAAAUGUAUAUGAAGAGACUUUAGAGCCAAUUGAAGAAUAUGAUAGGGACUUUAGAAGGGAAGAAUGA